GCUUAGUCGUUGUUAUUCACGUAAACUGAACGCCUCGUGUGUGACAAACCGCGCUUCGUGUGUCAAGUUCAGCUUAACCGCUGAAUCGAUCCGUACAGGUUCAACGGCAUGUGAUCAGGAAGAGCUCAUACGGCGUUGGUUGGAUUCGAUCGCAUCGCUAGUGUUUAUGUUAGUCAACCAACCUUUCCUGUACAAUGAGCGAUGGAAAUUAUUUCGUCUUACUUUUUGUGAGUUUAAUUGGUGCGGCACAUGUCAGUUCGAACAGUUCAGCUAAAUCCUGGAUUCCAUUCAUGGCGAGUUUAGAAAAUGAAGGUGGUCAGUUCUGUACCGGUUCUGUCGUCGGAUCGCAAUGGAUCAUAACCGAAGCCAGUUGCGUAUGGAAGAAACUCUCAUCUGAAUUUUCUGUUGGUAUUGCACCACAAAACAACGAAUCGGUUGGAUGGUACCACGAAAAGGCGAACAAAAUCUACAUUCAUCCAAACUAUAACUCGUCAGUUCCUUUGCAAUCGAAUGUGGCACUUCUCAGGCUCAGAAAGGCAAUCAGCCGCUUCGCACCAAUCGAAAUAGAUCACGAUCAAUCCUAUCCAGAGGGUCCGUUGAAAUGCUUGCUAGCUGAUUGGGAUAGAUACCGAAGUCCAGAAACUCGAAUACAGUACUUAGAAAUUGCAUCAACGAAAGAUCGCCUCUGUGAGUCGUCUCAAAGCCAAUGUGGAUUAGAAUUUGGAAAAAAUAUUUGUGAGUUUCAUAACGGAAGUCCUCUGAUUUGUCAAAGAAACAAUGCUUUUGGGCUGAUGGCUAUUUUAACCGAGCGGAAGCAAUGCUCUAAUUUAAGUUUGAAUGCUUUUCUGGAUCUGAGACCACAAGCUGACUGGAUCAAUGGUGUCGUACAUGGAAAUACUGAUUACAUAAAUGCGCAAAAAGUAAACUAUUCAAUGAGACUUUCACAGUUCAACUGGAUGAUUGUGGCGGUUACGUUUUUCAUUCUUAGUGUCACAAUAUUUAUCAAAAUUUUGAAAUCGGGCUUCGAAAUACGUUAGUUUUAUAAUAAACGUGUGUGUUGAAAGUU